CCGCGUUUCCUUUCCUUCUUCUUUCCGAUUGAUUUUAGCUUUUGGUUGAAAUUGAAAUUGAAGCUCUUUAGUUCGUUUUGUGCAAAGCACAGUGUAAGAAAGAAAGCUAGGGUUUUAGCUUCGCUUCUGCAUCUACCAAAAUGACAAAGUUCAGGAAGCUCAAUCGUGACACGUCUCACCGGUUAUCCAUGCUCAGAACCAUGGUCUCGCAAUUGGUGAGGCACGAACGCAUUGAAACUACUAUUACCAAGGCUAAGGAGGUUAGAAGGCUUGCGGAUAAUAUGGUACAGCUUGGUAAAGAGGGAUCCGUAUGUGCUGCAAGGCGCGCUGCUAGUUUCGUGCGAGGAGACGAUGUUCUUCACAAGCUGUUUACAGAACUGGCUUAUCGAUACAAGGAUAGAACUGGUGGAUACACUAGGGUGCUACGGACUCGCAUUCGAGUUGGUGAUGCUGCACCAAUGGCCUAUAUUGAGCUUAUUGAUCGUGAUAAUGAGCUUAGGCAGUCAAAGCCACCAACUCCUCAACCACCGCAGAGAACACCCCUUGAUCCCUGGACACGAUCUCGUCUUACCAGGCAGUUUGCACCUCCCAAAGUGGAAAAAUCUGAUUCUGAUUCUGAUUUAAUCUAAUUCUGAUUUGUGAUUUAUUCAAAUGUAUUGCGGUAACUAUGUUUUACCCCCAUAGUUUGAGAUGCCUGAAUUUUGUCUUUGCUUAUUUUAUAAAUCUCCCCAUGGCUUGCAAUAAUAAAACAAUUCUCUGUCUACUACUACUACUACUACUACUACUACUACAGGAAAGUGUUCUAUAACGUAAUUUGAUUGAAACUGUAAUCGACGUGGGGAAAGAAAAGCUUAAAAUAUCGGUGCUCACGUGUUUAAUUGAAACUUCUAUAUUUUUAUUGUAA